CAUAAAAUCAGAAAACUUAAAGAAAAAAAUCUAAAAAAAAUAAAACUAUAACUAUGAGUUUAGUUUUGAGGGCCUAAGAGUUUAGAGCCCUUGUGUUGUGUGUGUGCGUGGGAUUUUGGAAUCUUUGCUUGAAAGCCAGAUCGUGAUAUAGAUUCCUGGACAGGAUGUUGAUCCGCUGGAAGAGCAAAGACAAGAGCGCCUCCUCCAAUCAGAGCGCCUGUGGCAGCAGCAGCUCCUCCUCCAAAAAGAAGCGCAAGGGACGCGAAGGCGAAGACUGGCAGAAUGAGAACAAGUCGGGACGAAUGCCGCCAAACGAACAGGGCGGUGGCGAUGAGCGAAGACGUAACAUGCGACGGGACGAUCCGAGGCGAGACACCCUGGGCGGGGAUAUGCUCGUCUACGGUGGCUCCCAGCAUCCGCACGCCCACCAAAUGGCCCCCCAGCAGCAGCGGGCCAUGGACCUAGAGAUGAGCACUCGCGCCCAAAAGAACAAGAAGAACCAACCCAUGCGGGGAUAUGCGCCCGUCAACCAGGGUCCGCUCUUCGACGAUGAUCCGGGCAUUAUGUCCGAGGUGGAGACGGCCAGCACGGGCUUUCGACGCGGCGGCAAGCAGAGGUCCUCCCUGCCCGUGGUGCGCACACCCUCCAAGACCCUGGAGCGUCCUCUGGGCCUGGUUUUUCUCCAAUAUCGGUCGGAGACGAAGAGAGCUCUGUUGCCAAAUGAAAUUACAUCGAUCGACACGGUGCGGGCGUUGUUCGUAAGAUCCUUUCCCCGACAGCUCACCAUGUCGUAUCUGGAGGGGCCCAAUGUCAAGAUCUAUAUUCAUGAUGCCAGCAAGGAUAUGUUCUACGAACUGGAGGAUGUGAGGUCGCAUCUUCGGGAAAUACGGGAUCGUUCGGUGUUGCGACUAUUCGAGUCCACCGAAGUGGCUGCCCCGCCCCAGAUAUUGCCCGGAGGUCCUGGCAUACCACAGCCCCUGCCGCAGGCACAGGCGCCCAAUGCCAAUGCCUGGGAUCAGGAUCAGAGCUAUUUCAGUGAGCCGGAAUUCGAUUCGGACUACAAACACCAGCAUAUACACAAAUCAAAGAUUGGAAAACAACCGGCACCGUACUAUGUUGGCUCCUCCCAGACCCUGCCCCGGGGCAUGUACUCCUCAGAACGCAACAAAGUCUCUAUGGGAGCGCCAGUGAAACCACUCAGAUCACUUAAUCCAAGGGGUAGCAUGGAACCCCUGUUCCCCUACACCCCGGAUCAGUUAUAUAGCAUUCCAGAUGGUUAUACCAGUUCUCCGGAGCGGAGUAGCCGUGGGAAUUACGAAGAACCCUAUUAUAGUCAAUAUGGAACCAGGGGUACUGUUGUGGCUCCGAUUAUAGAUGAAGAACAAAGCGAUGGAACCCUUACCGAGGAUCAGUAUGCUCUCUAUGGAAUCAAGGUGGGACCCAAUCGCCUGCCACAUCGUGGAAACCAGAUCUACGAUCCCACUAGGCCAGAAGACCUGCACCGGAUUCGCGUGGAGCACAUGGAGCGGCAACUGGCCAACCUGACGGGUCUGGUGCAGAAGGCAUUGGUUAAUCAGAACCCGCAGAUUGCACCACUGGCGGUGCCCACAUUGGAUCCCAAUUACCUGGUCGUUCCAUCACAGAUGCAAGCCAAUGGCUCUGGGGAUGAUCUGUACAUUAGGGAGAAAGCUCCCAAGUUGGGCAAGAACUCGUGCCAAAAAUCCGUGUCCUUUGAGAAGUCAGUGUCCUUUAGCGAUGACAUACAGGGAAUACCCAAGUCUCACAGUCCUCUACAUGCUGCUGAUACGAAGCCAACCAAGCCGGCAAUCAAGUCGUCCACCCUACCGCGCACCUCAUCCCAAGAACGCGAUCGCUUGAAGCCUCCUCCGCCACCCAAACCCAUUGUUUUGGCCCAGACCGCCCAUCCCAGCUACCGGGCGGACAUUGCCUUGGCUCCCGAGGUCUACAAUCAUUUGCGUGGACUCCAAAAGAAGGCCAAGGAUCUGCGUAUGGAGGUACGCACCCUGAGGCGCCUCUCCCAGGCCCAGGCCGUGGCCGUUCGCGAGGACAUCAAGGGCACUUUUAUGCGCAUUCGGGCCACACUCUUGGCCAGCAGUGGCAGCUUUUGGGGCCAUCAGGGCGAUCAGGAUGCCACACGGAUAUCGAGAGAGGAAGAGCUCUACAAGCAGGAGGUGAUCCGCCUGGAAAAGGAUCUCAGCGACCUGGAGGCCUCUGUGGAGAAUCUACGGGGCGAGGUCAUCAAUCGGCGAACUCGCGUCAACAUGACCGCCGUGGAAGACAUGGCUCUGGUGCUGAGCAGGGCCAGCAAAACCGUGGCCGAAUUAAAGCUCAAAUUCCCAGCUUUGUCCAAUGGACUGCGUUGCAUCCUCUCCAAUGAAAUGGAAAAGGUGGUACGCGAAGAAAAGUUCCUCAAGGAAGAGCCCGAUCGCCUGGAGUCGGCGCUACGUCGCUGUAAAAAGCUAACCGGCACCCUAGUGACACUAAAACGCUUGGCAAGUGUUCAGGAGCAGAGACUGCCGCCGAAUGAGCCGACCAUCAGUGAGGAACCACCGCGUUCUGCGGAUAUCUCGGCGCCCGACAAGCCAAUCCCAACACCCAGGAUGGGGUCGUUCACUAUCGGCGGGGGACUCGCACCCGAAAACGCACUCGAUGCUCUGCUAGAUGAGCUCAAGACCUUCUCCAAGCCCAUUGCCCAACAGCAGCAACAGCAACAACAGCAGCAGCAGCAGCAACAGCAACAGCAGCAGCAACUGCAGCAGCAACAGUUGCAGCAACAGCAACAACAGCCACAAUAUGAGAUUCGCCCAGAGGAUUCGGCAUCCGAUGAGAGUGCCCAGGCCGCUGUCCAGAGCACCGUCACCACCCAGAUCUCGCAGGCCCGUCUCUACACGGAGGCCACCAGCGUGCAACAGGUCACGACCAGCAACAUGGUUAUGGCCGUGGCCCAGGCCCAGCGCGGUGUGCUAACCCAUCAGCAAUCUCAGUCCCAUAAUCAUAAUAAUAAUCAAGUUCAUAAUCCAAAUCCGAAUCUGAAUCUGAAUCAAAAUCAAAGCCAAUCACAGCUGAUGGUGCACACAAAUAUGGGCAGUUUGAGGCGUUUGCAUUCGUAUCCGAGCGAAUCGGAUGGCGAGGUGCCACCGAUGGCAACGGUAAUGGCAAAUGGGGGCACCAGUAGCAGCAGCAGUAAGCCGCCAGUGCCGGAGCGUAAUGCCGAUCUGAUUACCAAGGUGGGUCACAAGCGUAUACCGCCACCCCCGCCGCCGCGCACCAGCUCACGCAGUCCACUGGCCAGUCCCACCAGUCCGAAUGUGCCACAACAACAACAGCAACAACAGCAGCAGCAGCAACAGGAUGGUGGUGUUGCCGGAGUAGACUCCUCAAGCGGCGACAAUUCCAGCGGCAAUGAGUCCGGUAACGAUCAUGUCCAGCGUCAGGUGGCCCUCGAGAUGAGACACCAGGAGCUGUUGAAGAAACAGAAACUGUUGCAGGAGCAGUACCAGCGGUUGCAGCAGAUGAGCAAGCUGCCGUCGGUGGAUGUGGCAUGCCCCCCGGGAGGGGAUAACGGCGGCGCCACCAAUACCCUGCGAAAGCUCGGCAGCGAAUCGAAUAUACAGCAGAAAAUUGCCGCCCUGAGCCUGGCCUGUGAGGCAAGUGGGGCAGCUGCGGCGGCGGCGGCUGCUGCAGCCGCUGCUGCGGCAGCAUCCACCAAUGGCGGUGGCGGCGGAAUGGUGGUGAUGUCCAGUGAUGCUACGGGCGGUGCGGCUGGCGGUGUUGUUGCUGGUGGCGGUGGUGGUGCAGUUGCUGCUGGAGGCGCCGCCGUUGCAACAACAACAACAACAACAACCACAACUACUACCAAGCAGGUGUACGAGACGGAGAUACUUUAACACAACUGGAAAUUGGCUUGGAACGAGGCUAAAAUCGAUAUAUGAACAGAGCCCCCCCCUAAACACUGACGUGAAACAGGACGAAUGACAGGACAUACACUCUCUCUCUCGCUCUCGAUCUAUCUCUAUCUCGCUCACAUCUCAUAUUGUAUUUAGCGUCUUAAUGUCGUACAUUGAAAGAAAAAAAAUAUGUGUUGCACCAUCAACCAUCAUCAUCAUUAUCAUCAUGAUUAUAAUGAUUGUAAGGAUAACGAUAAACGAAAUCGAAAACGAAUUGAAAAUCAAAAUAAAACAAAAAC